CGCCUGGGCCGCCCCGUGUCCCCGGUGGAGCCGCUGCUGCCGCCGCCGGGAGCUCGAUGCGGACGGAGCCCGGGCCGGGCCAUGGGGAUCCUCAGCAUCACGGACCAGCCGCCCCUGGUCCAGGCCAUCUUUAGCCGAGAUGUGGAGGAAGUGCGUUCCCUCCUCUCGCAGAAGGAGAACAUCAAUGUGCUGGACCAAGAGAGGCGAACCCCACUGCAUGCUGCUGCCUACGUAGGCGAUGUCCCCAUCCUCCAGUUGCUACUGAUGUCAGGUGCUAACGUCAAUGCUAAGGACACACUGUGGCUGACCCCUCUUCAUCGUGCUGCUGCCUCCCGAAAUGAGAAGGUGCUGGGACUGCUGCUGGCACAUUCAGCAGAUGUGAAUGCCCGGGACAAGCUGUGGCAGACACCAUUGCACGUGGCUGCCGCCAACCGGGCCACCAAGUGUGCUGAGGCUCUGGCACCAUUAUUGAGCAGCCUCAACGUGGCUGACAGGAGCGGGCGCAGUGCCCUGCACCACGCAGUGCAUAGUGGGCAUCUGGAGACGGUGAACCUGCUCCUCAGUAAGGGAGCCAGCCUGAAUGUCUGUGACAAAAAGGAGAGGCAGCCUCUGCACUGGGCGGCUUUUCUAGGGCAUUUGGAGGUCCUGAAACUGCUGGUGGCACGGGGAGCAGACCUUGGCUGCAAGGACCGCAAGGGCUAUGGGCUGCUCCAUACAGCUGCUGCCAGUGGCCAGAUUGAAGUGGUGAAGUACCUGCUACGGAUGGGGGCUGAGAUUGAUGAGCCCAACGCUUUUGGAAACACAGCUUUGCACAUCGCCUGCUACCUGGGCCAGGAUGCUGUGGCUAUCGAGCUGGUGAACGCAGGAGCCAAUGUCAACCAGCCAAAUGACAAGGGCUUUACACCACUGCAUGUAGCUGCGGUCUCCACCAAUGGCGCGCUCUGCUUGGAGCUUUUGGUCAAUAACGGGGCUGAUGUCAACUACCAGAGCAAAGAAGGGAAAAGUCCUCUGCACAUGGCUGCCAUCCAUGGCCGUUUCACCCGCUCCCAGAUCCUCAUCCAGAAUGGCAGCGAGAUUGAUUGUGCCGACAAAUUUGGGAACACGCCACUGCAUGUGGCUGCUCGCUACGGACACGAGCUGCUCAUCAGCACCCUCAUGACCAACGGCGCGGAUACCGCCCGGCGUGGCAUCCACGACAUGUUCCCCUUGCACUUAGCUGUUCUCUUUGGAUUCUCUGACUGUUGUCGUAAGCUUCUUUCCUCAGGUCAGCUGUACAGCAUUGUAUCCUCACUCAGCAAUGAGCACGUGCUUUCAGCUGGGUUUGACAUCAAUACACCUGACAACCUUGGCCGUACCUGUCUUCAUGCUGCUGCUUCUGGAGGGAAUGUUGAAUGUCUUAAUUUGCUGUUGAGCAGUGGAGCUGACUUGAGGAGGAGAGACAAAUUUGGAAGGACCCCACUGCACUAUGCAGCCGCCAAUGGCAGCUACCAGUGCGCCGUCACACUGGUGACCGCUGGAGCAGGCGUCAACGAGGCCGACUGUAAAGGCUGCUCUCCCCUCCAUUACGCUGCCGCCUCCGACACCUACAGGAGGGCGGAGCCCCACUCAUCUUCCAGCCACGAUGCUGAAGAGGACGAGCCACUGAAGGAGUCCCGCAGGAAGGAGGCCUUCUUCUGUUUGGAAUUCUUACUGGAUAACGGUGCAGACCCCUCCCUGCGGGACAGGCAGGGCUACACAGCCGUGCACUAUGCAGCCGCCUAUGGCAAUAGACAGAACCUCGAACUGCUCUUAGAAAUGUCCUUUAACUGCCUGGAGGAUGUAGAGAGCACCAUUCCAGUCAGCCCUUUGCACUUAGCUGCCUACAACGGUCACUGUGAAGCCCUGAAGACUCUGGCCGAGACGCUGGUGAAUCUGGAUGUAAGGGACCACAAGGGCCGGACCGCGCUCUUCCUGGCCACUGAGCGAGGCUCCACUGAGUGUGUGGAGGUGCUAACAGCCCAUGGCGCCUCUGCUCUCAUCAAGGAGCGCAAGCGCAAGUGGACACCCCUGCACGCUGCUGCUGCCUCUGGCCACACUGAUUCCCUGCACUUGCUGAUCGACAGUGGGGAAAGAGCUGACAUCACGGAUGUCAUGGAUGCCUAUGGACAAACCCCACUGAUGCUGGCCAUCAUGAAUGGCCACGUGGACUGUGUACAUCUGCUGCUAGAGAAAGGAUCCACAGCUGAUGCUGCUGACCUCCGGGGCCGCACUGCCCUCCACCGUGGGGCAGUGACUGGCUGUGAGGACUGCCUGGCUGCCCUGCUGGACCACGAUGCAUUUGUGCUGUGCCGAGACUUCAAGGGCCGCACACCCAUUCAUCUGGCCUCAGCCUGUGGCCACACUGCAGUACUGCGGACCCUGCUGCAGGCUGCCCUUUCCACAGACCCCCUGGAUACCGGGGUGGAUUACAGCGGAUACUCGCCCAUGCACUGGGCCUCCUACACUGGACAUGAAGAUUGUCUGGAGUUGUUACUUGAACACAGCCCGUUUUCAUACCUGGAAGGAAACCCCUUCACUCCUUUGCACUGUGCAGUAAUUAAUAACCAGGACAGCACCACAGAGAUGCUGCUGGGAGCUCUGGGUGCCAAGAUUGUGAACAGCCGAGAUGCCAAAGGACGGACCCCUCUUCACGCCGCUGCCUUCGCGGACAACGUCUCUGGGCUCCGGAUGCUGCUGCAGCAUCAAGCCGAGGUGAACGCCACUGACCACGCUGGCCGCACUGCGCUCAUGACGGCGGCUGAGAAUGGGCAGACCGCUGCUGUGGAAUUUCUGCUGUAUCGAGGGAAGGCAGACCUUACUGUGCUGGAUGAGAACAAGAACACUGCCCUCCACUUGGCCUGUAGCAAGGGCCACGAGAAAUGUGCCCUCAUGAUCCUGGCAGAAACCCAAGACCUUGGCCUUAUCAAUGCUACCAACAGUGCGCUGCAGAUGCCCCUACACAUUGCCGCCCGGAAUGGUCUAGCUUCUGUGGUGCAGGCCCUGCUGAGUCGUGGGGCCACAGUGCUGGCUGUGGAUGAAGAAGGUCACACCCCGGCAUUGGCCUGUGCCCCCAACAAAGAUGUGGCAGACUGCCUGGCCUUGAUCCUUUCCACCAUGAAGCCUUUCCCACCCAAGGACGCUGUCAGUCCUUUCAGCUUCAGCCUGCUCAAAAACUGCGGCAUCGCAGCAGCCAAGACGAUGGAUGCAUCCUGCACCCUCCAGGCCCCUCCUCCCCAUACCUGCUUUGAGCCCUCCUCCUGCCACAUCCUGGUUUUCUAUGCUGUUUUGGUGCAAGUACAACUGUCGUAGUCAUGGCUUUGGGAUGGGUUCUGUUUAUUAAAAUCCUAUUGCUCCUA